UUUGUCUGGUGAUGGCCUCCGUAGCUGCGUGGCGGGCCUCUUCUGCAAAUACAGCUCAGUCACAUAGUGGCGACAUGCCAGGUGUCACGGUUGCUAUGGGACCGGAGGAUCUGAAGGGGGAAAAGCGAGUACUUGCGGAAGGAAUGGCUACACAGGGGGAGUGUGACAUGAUGCUCGACUUGGCUCAGGUUGGGGUCAUGCCCGGGAACGGUGGACCCUUUACUUACACAAACCACGAGAUGUUUGAAGGGCUGGAAGUUAUACAAGCUGCAAAGCUAGCGCAGCAAGGUGUAGUUUCUGUUGGCCAUGUCGAGACAUUCCUUACACUGAGCGAAAAGGGGCGUCGGUUCGUGCACGACUACUUCGGCCUGAAGCAGGAACUGUUCUUUGAGUACACGCAUCUCGUGUGCAGGACGGCAGUGACUGUUUCUGCAGGAGAAAUGCUUCGGACGGACCCGAGCCACAAAGUACAUGUAGACAACUGUCGGCUAAACUACCUAGACUGGUCUUGUAGGUACCAGACUGAAUUAAACCAGAGACACUACAGUUCUAUCAUGUUUCUGAAUGACGACUUCACAGGAGGCCAGUUCUUCUUUGCGCACAGCGGCAGUCAUACUGCGCAGCUGCGACUGAAGAAGCUAACAGUAAAGAAGAAGAUGAAACCCUUCGCGACUGACAAGUUUAAAGAUCCCAUGGUCAGUGAAAAGUAUCAACUAAAACUACAGAAUAGAUUCCAGUUGCUACAAGAUAUGGGACAAGACGUGGAAACCCAGUGGUCACUCUUUAAAGAAACGGUCACGAAAAGCGCGGAGGAAACCAUAGGGAGAAGACGUGGCUCAAGGAAAGAGCAGUGGAUCAAGGACCAUACCUGGGACCUGAUUGAUAAAAGAAAAAAGAUGAAGGGGGAAAGAGACAGAGCUAGGUCUGAAGAAGAGAAGGAAACGACAAAACACCUGUACCGUGACUUGGACCGUCAAGUAAAGAAGAGUUGUCGCGCAGAUAAAAGGCAGUGGCUGGAAAAGAAAGGUGCUGAGGCGGAGGAAGCAGCUCAGAAAAACGAUGCUAGGACCCUGUACCGCUUGGUGAGGGAAGUCAGUGGUAGUUGGAACAGCUCAAGUGCCCCUAUCAAGGACAAGUGCGGGAAAACUCUCCUAACUACAGAAGAACAGGACAUGAGAUGGAUGGAGCACUUCCAGGAAACUCUAAACCAGCCAAACCCAGACACCCUGUUUGACUUCCAGGCAGAAGAACCAGCAGAGGAUCUGGAUGUUUGUGAAGAAAUGAUCAGUAUGGAUGAGACUUUUCAAGCCCUUAAAGGUAUGAAGAACAACAAGGCAGCAGGACUGGAUGAGAUCUCGGCAGAGAUGCUCAAGCACGGUGGGGAGAGCACAGUGGAGAUGCUAAACAGGCUGAUGAACCGUUGCUGGCAGGAUGAGCAGGUCCCCAGGGAUUGGCAAGAUGGUGUCAUAGUAAAACUCCCCAAGAAAGGGAACCUCUCGGACUGCAACAACUGGCGGGGCAUCACUCUUCUGUCAAUCCCGGGAAAAGUGUUCUGUGCGGUGCUUCUGAGAAGGUUGAAGAAAGCUGUGGAUUGCAAACUGCGAGAGGAGCAAGCGGGGUUUCGCAGUAACCGCUCGUGCACAGAACAAAUCUUCACACUCCGUAACAUUGUUGAACAAUGUCUUGAAUACCAAACACCACUAGUGCUGAACUUCAUAGACUUUAAAAAGGCAUUUGACAGUAUUCAUAGAACAUCUCUCUGGAAUAUUGCUCGUUCAUAUGGUAUACCAAAACAGUUCGUUAAUAUAUUUAAGAGCCUUUACGCAAACUCAAGAUGUUGUGUCAGGACAGAGGGAGGAACAACAGAUUUCUUUGACAUUGUCACGGGCGUCAGGCAAGGAUGCAUCCUUUCCCCGUUCCUGUUUCUGCUGACCAUCGACUUUGUCUUGAAGAAGACUACAGAAGAUGGUAGAGAGGGGGUGAGAUGGAACGGAGAGGAGAGACUAGCAGACCUUGACUUUGCAGAUGACCUAGCCCUACUGUCUGAGACCAACCAGGACUUACAAAACCUGACAACAAAACUGGAACAGUUCUCUGGGAAGGUUGGACUGCGGGUGAGCACAGAGAAAACCAAGGCAAUGGAAGUGGUACAUAACAUCAACCAUCCACCACUGAACAUCAGCGUCAACAACAACCAGGUUGAGAUAGUGGACCAGUUCACCUACCUUGGCAGCGUGGUCAGCAACAGUGGUGACGUAGAGCCGGAUAUCAACUGCAGAAUCGGAAAGGCGGCUGCGGUAUUCCGGAGGAUGCGCAAGGUUUGGUCAACCAGCACCAUCGAUCUGGAUACAAAGCUCCGCCUGUACAACAGCAUAGUCCUGCCCACAGCAGUAUAUGCCAGUGAGACAUGGAAGUCUUCAGCUAGACUGAACAAGAAGUUAGAUGUGUUCCACCAGAGGAACUUGAGGAAGAUCCUAAAAGUGAGAUGGCAAGAGCACAUCACCAACGAGGAAAUACUCAGAAGGGCCAACUCCCAACCCUUAAGUAAAAUCAUCACAGGGAAGAGGAUGCAGCUGGCAGGGCACAUCCUGCGCCUACCGAACCAUAGGUAUUCCAAGACAGCCAUGACUUGGAUUCCUACAGGUGGAAAACGGAAAAGAGGCAGACCCAAAAAUACAUGGAGAAGGACUUUCACUGAGGAUCUGAAAAGAGCUGGCAUCCCUUGGGCUACUGUGCAGCCCAAGUGUGGCAGGCUAGUAGCGUUUUCUUCCGGCCCGGAGAACCCUCACGGCGUGCAGGCCGUGCUGAAGGGCAGGCGGUGUGUGCUCGCCAUGUGGUACACGCUGGACAAACAAUACGAAGAGCUGUCCCACCACAAGGCCAGGGAACUGGUCGACUCCUUACUGAAGCACGAGGGACAAAAGAGCAACGAAAAAAGGAAUGAUGAACUGUAG